AUGGAACACGUCUUUGAAUCUCCUGCAGAUUCUGCUCCGCCGCAGCCCGCCGGCAUUACUGCUGCGAAAGGUUCAUCGAGGAUCCUAAAUUCGUCACACCAUGGUUCACAAACUGGAACUGCAACCCAUGGAAUCGUGGCAGUCCCUUCCGCAAAACGUCUCUAUCGCGCUGCUGACAAUAGAUCAGUAACGAGAGACAUUGCGGCUCUAGACUUCUUGCUUGGCAUUCCUUUGGAGGCCGAGGCCGAAAUCAUCCGAGCUGGAUGGCUCUUACAGCAGCAGCAAGAGGAAGAGAGGAACGACUCUGUCUCGGAGUAUUCGUGGAAAGAAGAAAUCCUGGAGCCACCUGGUUCCGCCAAAGGAAAAUGGUGGGAGAAAUGGGUGAAGGACGGCGAUGCAGCUUGUGAGAGUAAGCAGAUUGCGGACGAAUCGAAACUUGAUCAGCCUCGUCCAGGUGACGACUCGGCAGCUCACUCUCCAAAGAAAGCUCUUGGUCUUGUUCUUCCGUCCUAUGUCCCUGGGCGACGAUUGGAUGGCGACGAAGCUAUUCAUGUUCAGAUCCCCUUAACCACUGAAACUCUUACAAAUCAGAAAUCCAUCGCCCGUCAAGCUGCAAUCCGUGACUGGGAGCUGAAGACAGCACAUGGACUAAAGUCAAAUCUGCCCCCGUUGCUUGAUGGCCGACUCUUCUUCUCCUGUGGCGGAUCGUACCCCAUCUCAACAUUCUCGUUAAUUCGUUACGAACCAAGGAAAGAAGAGGCGGCUCUGCGACGACAAAAACUGGAAGCCCGAGGUGGUGGAGGGACAAGCUUUGUCAUGCCAGCUCGAGACUGGAGAGGAAUCUCGUACCGAUUGCUUUUGCCAAGGAUUACUGACAAAAGACACAAAACAUUUAGCAAGUUCUCCUCCAAGCCAGAAGCCUUCGGUCGCCUUAAAGAUGAUGAACGCCAAGGAAAUGACAAUCACUCAAGCUCAUCGUCUAGUAGCUCGGACGACUCUGAUGUAUAUAUCCCAGGAGUUCUGGAUGACCCAGAGAUGGUUCUCGGUCGACACCGAAAGGUCAUGAUCGGAGAUCGUGUGACUGGUCCCAUUGUUUCAUCUACUAUACAAUUUGUGAAGCCAGCUCUUUUGAAAGCUGAACUCAAUAAGCAAUUCAAGGAUCGCUUUGACGGAUGGGAACCCCCGAAAUCUGCUAGAAAAUACAUUGGAGCUAAGGUUGUUGAUGGGGAGUAUAAGCUUAUGGAUCCAGCAGAGGAAUAUGAUGAUCGCUCUCUGGAUCGCCGAAACAGACAGAAUUCUGUAACCUCCAUGGCGUCUUCCAGUGAAGGACCAGCUGACAAGCAGAUCAGAAUGCCUCCGUCGUUGACCCUUUCGAAAAUUCGUUCACUCAAACAACAAGCUCUUAUAGCAGCUGUGAAGGCAAACUUGCAGGUCGGAACUGUUGCGUUGGCGAGCGUUUACUUUGAACGACUCUGCCUCGAUUGCAGAGUUGAUAAGUCAAACAGGCGCCUUUCCUUCGCAGCUUGCCUUCUCCUGGCUUCAAAGCUUAACGAGCCAAAUGUUGGGUUGGUGAUGAGACAUGAGGAAGCCCCGGGCGAUAAUGUGACAACGCGAUUGAAAUCAUUGGUAAAGCCAAAUAAAAGGAGCAGCACUAUGUUUGCCUCGUUGCUGGAGUUCUUCACCCAAGACUGGAGUCUCGGCCUCAAAAGCAUAUUUGACGCAGAAUGGGGGGUGUUCGCCGCUUUGAGCUUUUCAUUGCACGCUCCCCCCUCUCAGGUUGCCUUCCAUUUUAGACGCCUCAUGAAGACACUUGAAAGGAACCCGCGAACAUACCUCGGUGACACGAUGUUUGAUCAGUGGCAGGAUGCACUGGCGGACGAAGAAGAACGAAGAAAAGAGCGGGCCAAGCGAAGAGAGCGACGGCGGAGAAAGAAGGAGGGUUUUUUGCUUAACCUACACAUCGAAAUGCAGAACGAUGCCAUAAGGAGAAAAGAGCAGGAAGAUAUCCAAGAGAGGGGCCACGAAGGUGGUAAACAAGGACCCUCGAAGCCUCCGACGAGCCAAUUUAAGGAGAAAGCGACUGUAAAGAAGGCGGGAAUAAAACUAUUCCAGCGACUCGGAUUGCGGAGAUCGAUUAGUCAGGAGAACGUUGGGGAGCCGAUGCUUUCUGAAACAGAACAUACCUCGAAACGGAAGGUGGUUGUAGGGAUGACUCUCUCUCCUUCUAUGCCUCUACUACGACCGGCAGCCCCAAAUAUUCCGUCAAGGAAUGAGAUUAUUGCCAUUGAUAUACCACACCUAGACGAAAUGGGGUUAGAAGAAAGCUCUGUUGGAUCCCUUCAAAGCGAUAAGGGAAUUUUUGUGUAA